CACUGGUGGGCACAGGUGGGUGGGCACAGGUGGGGGGCACUUCUGGGCACAGGUGGGUGGCACGUCUGGGCACAGGUGGGUGACACUGCAGAGUGGCACAGGUGGGUGCACUGCUGGGCACAGGUAGGUGGCACUUCUGGGCACAGGUGGGUGCACUGCUGGGCACAGGUGGGUGGAGCUUGCGGGUGGCACUGCUUGGCACCGAUCAUCAGGGCACUGAUCAUCAGUGCCCUGAUGAUCGGUGCCGAUCCCCGCUCUGACAACUGCCGGUUCUGGGCAGUACUUUCCUCACGAUCUGACAGCGUGAGGAAAGUGCAGCCGAGAACCGGCACUUGC